AUGUUAAUAAUAUUUUAUUGAAGAUUACCUUGUUUUUUAUUUUUAAUAGGGGUAUUUGUUUUUGUUUCUAAUCGAAAGCAUUUAUUAUCAAUAUUGUUAAGUUUAGAAUAUAUUGUUUUAAAUCUUUUUUUUUUAUUAUAUAUUUAUUUAAAUUUAAUAGAAUAUUUAAGAUUUUUUAGCAUAAUAUUUUUAACAUUUAGAGUAUGUGAAGGUGCUUUAGGACUUUCUAUUUUAGUUUCAAUAAUUCGAACACAUGGAAAUGAUUAUUUUCAAUCGUUUAAUGUUUUAUAA